UACGAGUUCUGGGGUUAUUAUUUUGGACUUGCCCUUGCCUAUUUAAGCAGCGCUCGUGGACUUGUACACGGCCACAACAAUCUGUAUCGUUUAUUCCCCACCACCGGUCCUUCCUAACUUGAGGCAGCAAGCUAUGGCACAAGGAGGCAACGAUGUUGCGGGAAGCUUCCCUGUUGGUGUGAAGUUGCCAUCGGCGUGGAACUAUGGUGCAAUAGAAAGAGCCUUGCGUGAUUCUGAAGGUCGGCAACAAGAAAACAUCUUUGAGCCGGUCGUGACGACCCCAUUUGAAUCAGCUACAGAAGCUUACGAGUUCUUCAAUAUGUACUCGUGGGAAAAAGGAUUUGGCAUUCGGUACGGCAGAUGCAGAAAAAAUGGCUCUGGAGGGCGAAGCAUGCAAGACAUCGUCUGUGCUUGUGAGGGAAAAGAUGAUAAGGAAGGAUCUCGUUCAGCUAGAUGUGGAUGUCAAGCAAUGAUAAGGUUGCACAGAUCCGAAGACGAUGGCUGGUACAUAAGUAAGGUUGUGACUGAACAUAAUCAUCCUUUGUCCAUAAGCUGCGGUGAGCGACGACAAUGGAAAUCACACAACCGUAUAGAUGAGGGUACUAGAAAUUUGGUUAGGCAUCUCCGGGCAAACAAUGUGCAGAUAUCACGAGUUUGUUCUAUCAUAGGUAGUGUACACGGGUGUAGUUCAUACGUCCCCUUUAGUCGCCAGUCCAUUAGGACACUUUGUGCGAAGUUAGCGCAGGAAUCAAUCCAAAGCGAUAUGGAGAAGACGAUGAGUGUUUUUUCCCAAAUGGCAGCCGAGGACCCAAAACUAGUAGUAAAAAUGCAAGUGGAUGACGAGCAGAGAGUGAGAACUCUAAUUUGGUGUCAUGGAAAAGGGCGUGAUAGUUACAAAUGUUUUGGCGACGCCAUUACCUUUGACACUACUUAUCGCACAAACCUGUACAAUCUGCCCUUCGCCCUUUUCGUCGGAGUUAAUAAUCAUUUUCAGACAACCAUUUUUGGGGGCGCAAUGCUAACGGAAGAGACAAUUGAGUCUUUUCGUUGGGUAUUUGCUUCUUUUGUGGAAACCAUGGAUGGACAAGCACCACUCACAAUCCUGACGGAUCAAUGCAUGGCGAUGAAAGGUGCUAUUGAAACCGAGUUGCCAAACACCAAACACAGAUGGUGUAAAUGGCACGUCCUAAAAAAAGCUAAAGAAUCGUUGGGCCCGAUAUAUAGUCGUGUUGCUGGCUUCAAGAUGGUGCUGCACGAACUUUUGGAUGAAAUUGUGAGUGUUCAUGAGUUUGAGGAACGUUGGCAGGCCAUGCUCGUUGAGUACAACUUGCAGAACAACAAGUUUCUCGGUAGAGCAUACGAGAAUCGGGAAAUGUGGGCCAAGGCUUAUUUCCGUGAAACUUUUUGUGCUGGAAUGACCAGUACUCAGCGCAGCGAGAGUGCUAACCAUAUGCUCAAAACAUAUGUGCCACGCUCUGCACCGAUGCAUCUGUUCUUGUCACAGUACAACAGGAUGAUAGCGGACAGAGUGGCGGAAGAAGGAAAAGAAGAGCACGCCACGAAACAGGUGCGACGAGUGUUGCGAGCAGGAGUGCCGUUGGAGAAGCGAGCUGCUCAGUUCUACACUAGAGCAAUGUUUGAUCGAUUUUCCAAGGAAUUAUUUCGGUCAGGAUCUUUCCAAUGUGUACCACUAGAAGAUGGUGAAUCAUACGACGUUGUCAUGCUGUACGCAACUAGAUCAGAUGGUGGGUUUGCAUCUUUCAAGGUUAGAUGCACCUCAGAUCGGAUGCAGUAUUUGUGUGAUUGCAAAAAAUUUGAGCAUUCUGGCAUGCCUUGCAGACACAUACUCAAGGUCCUAGUUCAUGAAGGAGUUGGAGACAUGCCUAUUGGUUUGUAUUUGGCUCGUUGGGGCAAGGAGGGUUCAGUGCGGUAUUCAGACAUGGAUGGUAAAGUGUCUGAUCUUGUAUCCCGUGAGGCCCGUCUGGCAUCGUUGCAUAGUGCUGUGUACGCAUCUGCAAUGGAACUAGUAGGCAUGGCCAUGAAAUCUAGGCCAGGUGUGGAGAUGUGCAUGGGAUUUCUCGCGCAGGCAAAGGAGGCAAUAUCUUGUUUGAUCGUGAAAGAUGCAGCCAUCCCUGGUCUUUCCAGGGACAAAGGUAGCACAGAUGUUCACGAAGAAGGUGAACAAGAAGAAGCCGAUGUGAUCGUUGCCCCCCCAAAAGUAAGAUCACGUGGACGUCCAAAAGAGAAGCGCCUAAAGUCUUUUGGCGAAGCAAUGGCUGGGAAGAGGAAAUUGUCUGCCUCUGAAGGUGUUUCGAGGGUGACUAGGAGCAAGGUGACAUCUUCAGCUGGUUUAUCAAAUGCUGCAAACAACCCACCGGCGAGGUGCCGUGUUUGCUAUUCAACAGAGCACGACGUUACUGGCUGUCCUGAGAAUGAAGAACCCCUGCCAGGGCCAACAGCUCGGAAGUGCCAUCUAUGUGGCGAAUAUGGCCACUACAGGAGCACUUGUGGAAGAAAGUCUAGUUAUUCUCGCAACAAUUAGUUCACCAGUUUAAUUUCUUUCGCUGAAUUAUCGAGACAAUGUUACACAUCCUUGUAAGAUGUGAAUUUACUUAUGUUUGUUAUAUCCGAAGAGUGUUGUAAUAAUUUAAAAUUAUGACUUAUGCAAUUUGCUUAUGUUUGGUUUAUCUGACCAAUGAUGUAAUAUUAUUUAAAUUAAUACUUAUUUGCUAUGUUCGUUGAA